CCCUCUAAACUAUACUGUACUCACUUGUCUUUGGUGUCGGUCUUCAACCUAUUUCUCUGCUCUUUGUUUCCACUGUUACUCUGUCCGAUCAUGGCAGCUCAUUCUACCGACGAGCCGUUCCCUUUCCACGGGUUGCUCCCAAAAAAAAAAGAGACCGGCGCUGCGUCUUAUCUCACUAGGUUCCCCGAGUACGAUGGACGGGGUGUCGUCAUCGCUAUCCUCGACACUGGCGUGGACCCAGGGGCCCCGGGCAUGCAGACCACGACGGAGGGCAAGCCGAAGAUCGUUGACAUCAUCGAUACGACAGGCAGUGGAGAUGUCACCAUGGCGACGGUGGUGGAGCCUAAAGACGGAGAGGUGACCGGGCUGUCCGGGAGGACGCUCAAGAUCCCUCAUGCCUGGGAUAAUCCAUCAGGAAAGUACCACAUUGGGAUCAAACAUGGAUAUGAGUUGUUCCCUAAAGCUCUCCGAGAGAGAAUCCAGAAAGAGCGAAAGGAGAAAAUGUGGGAUCCAGCACACAGAGCAGCUCUGGCCGAAGCCAGUCGUCGGGCAGAACAGUUUGACCUUGCUCACCCCUCCCCCUCACAGGCUGAGAAGCUGCAGAAGGAGGAGCUGCUGUGUCAGUCCGAGAUCCUGGCGUCUCUGGAGAAGAAGUACAACGACCCGGGUCCGGUCUACGACUGUCUGCUGUGGAACGACGGAGACACCUGGAGGGCUGUGGUAGACACCUCAGAGACUGGAGAUCUGUCCAGCUGCACGGUACUGACCUCCUACAGAGAGAAGCAGGAGUUUGCUACUCUGGGAAACGCUGAGAUGCUCAACUACUCCAUUAACAUCUACGACGAAGGAAACACUCUCUGCAUCGUCACCAGCGGAGGGGCUCAUGGGACACAUGUGGCGAGCAUAGCAGCAGGCCACUUCCCAGAUGAGCCGGAGCGGAACGGCAUUGCCCCCGGAGCCCAGAUCCUGGCGUUGAAGAUCGGAGACACGCGCCUCAGCACCAUGGAGACGGGCACCGGACUCAUCCGUGCGGUGAUCAACUAUAAAUGUGACCUGGUUAACUACAGCUAUGGAGAAGCUACCCACUGGCCCAACUCAGGGAGGAUCUGUGAGGUGAUUGGUGAAGCGGUUCAGAAACACAACGUAUUAUUUGUGUCCAGCGCUGGAAACAACGGGCCCUGUCUGUCUACUGUCGGCUGUCCUGGAGGGACUACUGCUGCUGUUAUAGGCGUGGGGGCGUAUGUGACUCCAGACAUGAUGGUUGCAGAGUAUUCUCUGAGAGAGAAGCUUCCUCCGAACCAGUACACCUGGUCGUCUCGGGCCCCAGUACCGACGGGGCCCUGGGGGUCAGUAUCACUGCUCCGGGGGGCCAUCGCCUCCGUACCCAACUGGACUCUCAGAGGAACCCAGCUGAUGAAUGGUACCUCCAUGUCGUCCCCCAACGCCUGUGGAGGGAUCGCCCUGGUGCUGUCAGGUCUGAAGCAGAACAGUAUCCGUCCAUCGGUCUCUGCGGUGAGGAGAGCUCUGGAGAACACGGCUCUGAAGGUUGACGAUAUCGAGGUGUUCGCACAGGGACACGGAAUCAUACAGGUGGACAGAGCUGUAGACUACCUGACCCAGCAUGCCUCUCUCCCCACCGCUAACCUGGGCUUCACUGUUACCGUGGGAACGCAGCGAGGCAUCUACCUCCGAGACCCCACCCAGGUCCUGUCCCCCUCCGACCACGGGGUCGGCAUCGAACCCGUUUUCCCCGAAAAUACCGAGAACACGGAGCGUAUUUCUCUGCAACUGCACCUGGCCCUGACAUGCUCCGCCUCCUGGGUGCAGUGUCCCUCCCACCUGGAGCUCAUGAACCAGUGUCGUCAUGUCAACGUCAGAGUCGAUCCCCUGGGGCUCCGAGAGGGACUGCAUUAUACUGAGGUACGGAGAGAGUUCCUGAGGGCCACAGUCAGGAGGUUUUGUUCACAGAUGUCUCUCUGUAGAGUUCCUGAGGGCCACAGUCAGGAGGUUCUGUUCACAGAUGUCCCCUGGCUCUCUGUAGAGUUCCUGAGGGCCACAGUCAGGAGAGUUCCUGAGGGCCACAGUCAGGAGGUUAUGUUCACAGAUGUCCCCUGUCUCUCUGUAGAGUUCCUGAGGGCCACAGUCAGGAGAGUUCCUGAGGGCCACAGUCAGGAGGUUCUGUUCACAGAUGUCCCCUGUCUCUCUGUAGAGUUCCUGAGUGCCACAGUCAGGAGGUUCUGUUCACAGAUGUCCCCUGUCUCCUGUAGAGUUCCUGAGGGCCACAGUCAGGAGGUUAUGUUCACAGAUGUCCACUUCAGACCAGGACAGAUUCGACGACACUUCAUCACGGUUCCACGGGGAGCCUCCUGGGCAGAGAUAACAUUGACGUCUCAGAGCGGGGACGUGUCCUCUAAGUUUGUCCUCCAUGCGGUCCACCUGGUGAAGCAGAGAGCUUACAGAGCCAACGAGUUCUACAAGUUCUCCUCUCUGUUGGAGAAGAGCUCCCUGACUGAAGCUUUCCCUGUCCUGUCGGGGAGGACAGUAGAGUUAUGUGAUGCUGUUUUGACUGAGUGUCUCCUCUCUAGUCGGGGAGGACAACACCACCUCACCUCUACACACCAUACCUCACCUCUCCACACCACCUCACCUCUAGUGAGUAUAUACACCCCUCACCUCUACACACCCUCACCUCUACACACCACCUCACCUCUACACACCACCUCACCGUCACCUCUACACAUACAUGCAUCAGACGGUGUGACUAGUUUUGAGGUGUCCUCUCCCCUGAGGUACGAGGACGUUUCUCCCAGCAUCACCCUGAAGACUUGGGUCCAGCCACUCAGACCUCUGAGUUCUAAGAUCAAGGCUCUGGGUCACAGAGACGUCCUCCCCAACAACAGACAGCUCUACGAAAUCAUCCUCACCUACAGCUUCCACCAGGUGAGAGUGUCUAGGUUUGACCCCCGCUGUCCAGUAAUGUGUGACCAGUUGUAUGAAUCAGAGUUUGACUCUCAGCUCUACCUCUCUCCCCAGCUGUCCAGUACUCAGAGACUGCUGGGUUCUGGAGACUCCUACCACCAUCAGUACUCUCUGAAACUAGAGAAAGGUGACUACACGCUGCGUCUGCAGGUGCGUCAUGAGCAGGCCAGUGAGCUGGAGCGUCUGAAGGACCUUCCGUUUGUGGUGUCCCACCGUCUGUCCACUACUCUGACCCUGGAUGUGUAUGAGUCUCACCGCGCUGCCCUCUUGGCUAAGAAGAAAACCAACUCCCUGACCCUGACCCCUGGAGCUACCCAGCCUUUUUAUGUUACAGCCCUGCCUGAUGACAAGGUUCCUAAAGGAACAUGUCCAGGAUGCUAUCUGACCGGCUCCCUGGUCGUGCCUAAGGGAGAAUACGGCAAGAAAGCAGUGAGUGGCUCUUUCUACUGUCAGUCAACAGCUCUCCUACACUCUGAUUGGCUCACUCCUUUUAUGGCCCCCCCUCAGCAUCCUUCUCAACCAAUCACAAGCUUUGCUAGCGUCACAGUUUUAGUUGCAUGUUGCUUUGAUGCUCUUUUCACUGUGUGGUGGGAGGGGUUUUCUAGUUCCUGCCUGCGACUCCGUGGCCUGUGAUUUGUACAUGCUGCUGUCCGUCACUCUGGUCUUUGUUGUGUUCAGGAGUUCUGUUUAGUUGUUUAGUUCUGGUCUACUUGUCACUAGUUGUAAACGAUGAGAGAGAAGCAGUAUGACUU